GAAGCGCUUGUUCCAGUCACAGGCUAAGACAGCCUUCUUGUCUCGCUCCCUGAUUGCUACACCAUGCCUGACAGCUGUCUACUGCUACCACCAGUGCUGUGGGCCCUGCUGACUGCGUUGGGAGCUGCAGCCCAGAAACCCCAAGCCUGUGCCCCGUGGUGCCCUAGGAAUUCCAUGUGUGUCAACGCCACAGCCUGCCGCUGCAACCCAGGGUUCAAGGCCCUCUUUGGGGACGUGUUCACAGAUCCCACAGACACCUGUGAAGACAUUGAUGAGUGCGCCCCUCCCCGCUCCCUUUCCUGCGGGAGAUUCGCCGACUGUAAGAACGUGGAUGGCAGCUACUACUGCGAGUGCAUCCAGGGCUACGAGCUCACAUCCGGGGAGCGAAACUUCUCCACCGAGAGCCAGAACACAUGUCAGGACGUGGACGAGUGCAGCUCCGGGCAGCAUCAGUGUCACAGCUCCGCUGUGUGCAGCAACACCAUCGGGACAUACAAGUGCCGCUGCCGCCCAGGCUGGGAACCGGUGCCCGGGUCCCCCCACGGCCCAGUCAACACCGUCUGCCAAGCCAUCCUGUCCAACUGGACCCCGCCGCCUGGUGUCCACAGCCUGGCCCUCUCUCAAUUCCUUGACAGAGUGCAGGCUCUGAGCAGGGACUUCAAGACCACCUCAGCCAAGGACACCAUCCAGGACCUCAUGCAAAACGUGGAUGAGCUGCUGGAGGCACCGGGGGACCUGGAGACGCUGCCCCGCUCCCAGCAGCACUGUGUGGCCACUCACCUGCUGGCGUAUCAGGAGAGGACGCUGAAGUCCCUGAGCAAGUCGCUGCUCGCAGGAACAUUGACCUUCAACUACUCUGCAGGCACGGAACUGUCCCUGGUGGUGCAGGAGCAAAGAGUCGGAGACGUGACCUUGAGUCAACAGCAGGUGGAGAUGCAGCUGGACCGGAAACCUGCACAGGAAGCCGGUGACACAGGCCCUUCUGUGGUAGGCUUGGUCUCCACUCCAGGGAUGAAUAAGCUAAUGGCUGAGGCUCCUCUGGGCCUGGACCACGGAACGCCCAGGGGCUGGCUGCAGGGUCGCCCCCCCGUGCUGCUGUCGGACGUCAUUUCAGCCUUUGUGGGUGACAGUGACACCCAGAACCUCAGCUCCGCCGUCACCUUCACCUUCUCCCACCGCUUGGUGAUCCCAGGGCCAGAGCACCAGGUACUCUGCGUCUCCUGGGAGCGAAGCAACAGUGUGUGUGGCCAGUGGGCCGCUGCUGGCUGCAAGACAGAGGGCAGCUGGGACGACAGAACCACCUGUCGCUGCAGCCACCUGAGCACCUUUGCCGUCCUCAUGGCCUACUCGGAUGUACAGGAGCAGGACCCUGUGCUGGCUGCCUUCACCCGCGUCGGGCUGGGCCUCUCCCUCCUGUGUCUGCUGCUGGCCGCCCUCACCUUCCUGCUGUGCAAAGCUAUCCACAACACCAGCACCUCCCUGCACCUGCAGCUGACGCUCUGCCUCUUCCUGGCACACCUCCUCUUCCUCACGGGGAUCGACCGGACUGAGCCCAAGGUGCUGUGUGCCCUCAUCGCUGGAGCCCUGCACUUCCUUUACCUGGCCUCCUUCGCCUGGAUGCUCCUGGAAGGCCUGCACCUGUUCCUCACCGCUCGGAACCUCACAGUGCUCAACUACUCCAGGGGGAGCCGACUCACCAGGAAGCACCUGUUCCCUGUGGGCUACGGGAUCCCAGCUGUGAUCGUGGCCAUCUCAGCAGCGGCCAGACCUCACCUCUACGGAACGCCUGCCCGCUGCUGGCUACGCCCAGAGAAGGGGUUUCUGUGGGGCUUCCUUGGACCCGUCUGUGUCGUGUUCUCCAUCAACCUGUUUUUCUUCCUGAUGACCCUCUGGAUUCUGACACGCAAGCUCUCCUCCCUCAGCAGUGACGUGUCCACCUUCCAGAGCCAGGACACACGGAUGCUGACGUUCAAAGCCACGGCCCAGCUCUUCAUCCUGGGCUGUACGUGGGCUCUCGGCCUCCUGCAGGUGGGGCCCGCUGCUCGCGUCAUGGCCUAUCUCUUCACCAUCAUCAACACCCUGCAGGGGGUCUUCAUCUUCUUGGUCUACUGUGUCUUCAGCAAGCAGGUCCGCCAGCAGUACAGGAAGUGGAUUGGAAAGCUGAGAAGUUCAAGUUCCACAACGUCCGAGGCGUACAUGCUGUCCAGCAGGGCUACGUGCAACACCUCCAAGCCGGGCACGUUGAAUUAUGAACAAACUUCUCCUUGCCUGUGACACUCCUGGACUCUUUAAGCCACGAAGCAGAAUUUAAAUACAAUAAUACUUCAUGUACGUUUCAACGACCCUGUCAAGCCAGCCGUGCGAAGGGGGCCAGGAGGGCACACUUGGUGUCCCAGCUGCAGCCCUGAAGUCUCCGUGUGCUCACUGAGCUCCAAGCACUUGGUCCAGCUCUUCUGGGGCCCUUUCUCCAUCCUCUGCUCCUUGCAAAGACGCUUCUGGAAGCUGAAAUUCUCAGAGCAGGAAUAUCAGCCUCAACAAUGCUGGAAGGGACUGGGAUGUCAGAGGAGACAGAAGCAGGGCGGAGUGUGAGAGCCACACAAUCGUAGCAUCGGUGAGCAGAGACAAGCAGUCGGCCCUACCGGGACGGCCACUCACUGCGUGUGCGUGUGUUUCUGGAGAGAAUAGAUACAUACAGAAUACAAGUAAGGAAAAUGUUCUGUGUCAACAUAGUAAGCAUUUAAAUGAGUUUAAAAUGAAUAUUAAACCAUUUU